CAUUUUCUGCAUAGUAAGGCUGCGUUUGCUCAUAUUUUCAUGUGACCAGGCGCGCGCCGCCCGGAAACGACACAACCGCUUUGCAAUUUCUUCGCUCCGGAAGACCAAGAUGAAUAAAGCUUGUUACAAACUCCAUCGAUUGACAACUUAGCUUAUUGUAAUCUAGCGAUGCAGCCGACCGCUCUUGGAGUGUGCACAGGGCCAUAACGCAGCUGGCCGCAGCUGCGGCACGUUCUAGCGGAUUGCUGGGCCAAGCGUUGGGUCUGCGUGCACUUGCAUCGAGAUCUUUGAGCUGGGACACCGGCGAUUGUCGCUUAACAUCGCGCCGCAGUAACCGGUGGCUGCAGCAUUUCGCUGACAGAUGGGAGCCUCGGCUUCGCUGCCUGAGAAGGUCCUGAUAUGUGCCCAAAAGAAUGACUACUGUGGAUUUCAGGCGCUGGUGGCUGACUUUGGCGCCGCCGGGCUCAGCGACCCGGCGGCCCGCGCCCGAGUGCUGGAGCACCGCGACCGCUCCGGCCGCACGCCGCUACUGGUGUGCGCGGCCAAGAACCACACGCAGCUGCUGCAGGCGCUGCUGGCGCUGGGCGCCAACGUGCAUUACAUCAACCCGCAGCGGGACGCGGCAGGGGGGGCGCUGCAUGAGGCGGCGGCGCGCAGGCAUGAGGGCGCUGUGCAGAUUCUGCUGUCGGCCGGCGCCAAUCCCUUCGUGGCCAACGCGGCGGGGCGCACAGCCAUGGACGAGGCGGUGCUGAGCGGGCACGCGGGCGUGGUCCGAGCCAUGGAGCGCUGCGCCGAGUUCACGGGCGUCGUGGCGUUCAAGACCCGCUCCAUGGGCGGUCUGACCCACAAGUACAAGGAGCGCUGGGCGGUGCUGUUCCCCUACUACCCCUACCACCACCCAGCAGCCGGAGAGGGCGCCAGCGGCACCGCCUCCGUCGCCUCCUCCGCCCCUAGUAGCCUGGGCGGCGCCUCCUCCAUGGCCGCCGGCUCGACCGGGGGCGCGCCUCCGCCGCCCCCGGCCUGCAAGGCGCGGCGCUGCCUGUGGCUGUACAAGGACUCCACCAGCAUCAGCCCCAGGUGCCGGCUGUGGGUGGACGGCGCCGCGGUGGCGACGCACGGGCCCGGCGGCACCGAGGCAACGCUGCGGCUGCACACGUCCCACGGCGAGCCGGUGGGCGACCUGCUGACGCGGUAUGAGGGCGGCCACUGCGCCGCACUGCGCCCCGCCGACCUCACGCCCGCCGCCGCCGCCACCUACAGCCGCCUGAUAGCGCUCAUUAACAACCCGCCGCCGCUGCCGCCGGCGCCGUCCGGGUCCAUGCCCGCCCGCGGCCCCGGUGCGGCGGCGGUGGCAGCCGCGGCGGCAGCAGCGGUGUCGCAGUCGGGUGGGAAUGCAGGGCCUGCGGCUGCACCGGCGCCGCGGCCGCUGGCAGCUGCGGGCCCCACCGGCUCCUACUACUACCCGCAGCCCGCACCGCCGGCACCACCGCCGCCGCCGCCGCCACCGCCUCCCCCACAGCACCCAGCGUCGCCUCCCGGCGGGCACUACCCGGCGGUUCCGCCGAUGCCCAGUCCGGUGCAGCCCCCGCCCUACUACCCGGCGCCGGGCGGGUACGGCAGCCCACCCGGGCCAUACCCCGUGUCUCCAGCCGCCGCCGCCGCCGCCGCUCCGCCGCCACCGUACCCGUACGGCGCGGCAGGACCCUGCAUCAUGGCCUCGCCGCUGUCCCUGUACCUGCCGCACCACUACCCGCACCCGCAGCAGCCAUUGCCGCACGCCCAGUCGCCGUCGCUGCCUCCUCAGCCCUCACGCCCGGCGCCCGGCUACCAGGGCCCAGUGCCGGCGGCAGCGGCGGCGGCGCACAUGAACAGCAGUGGGGGCCCGCCAACACCGGCCGGCCACCGCACGCCCAACACCUCCACACCCCGGAGAGGGAGAGACGGCGGCGGCGAGUUCGGCGAUGUGGACCGGCGGGCGCUGCCGGUCAUCGAGCACAUGGCCGCACUGCCGGGUGAGACGGACGAGGAGUUUGCGGCGCGCCUGGCCUCCGCCAUCAGCGCCACAUCGGGGCACUCGCAGGAUGCGUUAUACCCGGCACAGCAGCAACAGCAGCACUCGGCGUCGCCGUGGCAGACCACGCCGCCGCGCCCUUCUGGAGGGCACACGCCGCUGACCGGGACAACUCCGCAGCAGGCGGCAACACCAGCAGCAGCAGCAGCGGCAGCCACUGCGAAUGGCAACGGGGGCCAGAGCGGCCCCUACGGCAACUUUGUAUCGCCCGCAUCGCAUGACGGCCCCGGGGGGCCCAUCCACGGGGCCAGGCCGCUGCCGGCUGCCUCCUCCUCGCCGGCCCCCGCGACGUCGCCUGCACCACACCGCCGCAGCGACCCGCUGGCUGACCUGGACAUUGAGGCCGUCAACUCACUCAUAGCAGCACAGGCAGCGGCACAGGCAGCAGCGUCAGCGACAGCGGCUGGUGCGGCUUCGGCGGCGGCACAAGCUGGUGCGGCUUCGGCUUCGGCAGCUACGUCAGCACCGUCUCCGCACUCCGCCGCCAAGAGCGAAAAAGAGGCGAGCGCGCCGCCCCUUGCGCCGCCGCAGCCGCCUGCGGAGCCGGCCAGCGACGACACAUGCAUCAUCUGCCUCAGCGCGCCGAAGGAGGUGGGCUUCCUGCACGGUGACUCGGUGCACCGCUGCGUGUGCCGCGGCUGCUGCGGCGCGGUGCCGGUGGGCGCGCCCUGCCCGCUGUGCCGCCAACCCGUGGAGCGGUGGCUGGGCGUGUACUGAGCAGGGGGCGGCGGCGGCGAUGGCCAGGGACGUCUGCUCGUGUUGGUUUGUGCUGGCUGCGUCUGCAAUGGCAGAAAUGCGAUGGCAGGAAAGCGUGUCCAAUGCGAUGUGCGUGUGCAAGUAAAGUACGGUAUGUGAGGUGGCGAUGAUGCAAGGAAUGGGUGUGAUGGGGGAGGCGGACUGUGUAGUUGUGUCUGUGUCCGAGUCAUGCCCGGGCUGGUGUGCUUAAUGAACCGCACUGUGGACAAGGUGUACUAUCUAUUACUUACUACCAGCCAAUGUCAUCAUUUUCAUCAUUAAACCCGCCAACCAUGCCGACAAGCCCAUCUAGUGUAGCUGGACACCGCGGGGCGGGGCAGGCGCGCCGCACAGCCUCCGGGGCACUUUGUGCUACACACGCUGCCACGCAGCGGGCACGUGCACACGCCCACAAAUGAAGGCAUGCAUGCACUCCGGCGCGCUCACAACCACAUGCCCUGGACCCUCUUGCGCAUAGCAGCUGACAUGUCACAUAUGUUUGCCGUAUUAUGACGCCGGCAGCCGGCCUGCGCCCGGUCGCACGCCCCGGGGCUCGUGACUGGUUUGCCGAGCGGCGGCAGCGGUGAUGCAGGGUGAGAGGGAGGUGCACAGAGGGACGUGUGGACAUCAUACGGGCUUUAUGUCGCCCCUUUCGCUGUCUCCUGUCCCUGAUGUAUGUCACAGCCUUGUCACAUAGCCUUACGGCCCCCUGUGGGCGCCGGUCUAUGGCACAAGACGGGCACGUGCACAUGCCCACAAAUGAAGGCAUGCAUGCACUCCGGCGCGCUCACAACCACAUGCCCUGGACCCUCUUGUGCAUAGCAGCUGACAUGUCACAUAUGUUUGCCGUAUUAUGACGCCGGCAGCCGGCCUGCGCCCGGUCGCACGCCCCGGGGCUCGUGACUGGUUUGCCGAGCGGCGGCAGCGGUGAUGCAGGGUGAGAGGGAGGUGCACAGAGGGACGUGUGGACAUCAUACGGGCUUUAUGUCGCCCCUUUCGCUGUCUCCUGUCCCUGAUGUAUGUCACAGCCUUGUCACAUAGCCUUACGGCCCCCUGUGGGCGCCGGUCUAUGGCACAAGAGCGUCGCUCGCCUGGCUGGGCAGCGCUCAGGGCCCCACCAUGGCGCCGCGGCCUGGGCUCCUGCGUGCUAUGCCCUGCCGGGCGCGACUGCAGUGGCGGCUGCUGGUCUCAUCAUGCAAGCUAGCUGGGAGCCCAGGCGCCGACUGUGCACGCGGCGGAGGGGCCGGGCGGGCCCCGGUGGCCCCGAGGUGGCGCGGCGAGGGCGGCCGGCGACGGCACGGCGUGGCACACCUGCGGCAUGCGGCUGCUUGCCUGUGCGAGUAUUUCAUAUUACAUAUAUAAUAUGUAUCUUUGUUGUGUGUGGGGCAAGUGGCCUCGGGGCUGGUGCAAUGAAUUGUUUUCGCCUUUCUAGCGCGACCGACCCUCGCGCGAGCCACGCAAGGUCAGGCUAAAAGUCGCCACUUUCCUGGCGUCGGUUCCUCCAUAUCCCUAUCAGCGUAUGCAUUCAUGUAAAAGACCACAAACAAGA